AUGGAUGCCCUGCUAGAAGGACUCAAUGAUGCGCAGAAGAGUGCGGUCACCAGCCCUGCGAACGUCGUGCAGGUCCUCGCGCCUCCCGGUUCUGGAAAGACGAAAACACUGACGGCGCGUGUCGCGUAUCACAUCAACCACGAGCGACUGCAGCCAUGGAACAUCAUUGUCUGCACUUUCACCAUCAAGGCGGCACGAGAGAUGAAAGAGCGCAUCAAGGGAUUCGUAGGCGAAAAAUUGGAAGCCAAGCUGAUUCUGGGUACCUUCCAUUCGGUCGCCCGUCGCUUCCUCUCGCGAUACGGCCAUGAGAUUGGGAUCGUUAAAAACUUCGGAAUUGCCGACACUGAUGAUAGCAAGGCAAUCAUCAAGCGCAUUGUGACGCGGUACCAGUACACUAUGGAACCCGGGCAUGCUCGCUCAAGGAUUUCCCGCCUGAAGGCGAAGGGCACCUCGGCGGAAAGUUUCGCUGCCACCUCCAAGAAAGUCGACGACAAUGAGUUCGCGCAGAUCUAUUCGUCAUAUCAGGAGCAUCUCAAAGCGUCGAAUCUGCUGGACUAUGAUGAUCUACUUGUGCGAUGCGUCGAGCUGCUGCAACGGCAUCCAUCGUGCGUGUCGACAAUCCAGGCCGUUCUCAUCGACGAGUAUCAGGACACGAACAACAUCCAGUACGAACUAAUGAAGCUCCUAGCUCAACGGACUAAGCGCAUCACCAUCGUAGGUGAUCCUGACCAAAGUAUCUACAGCUUUCGCUCUGCCAAAAUUCAAAACCUCUAUCGCAUGCGUUCGGAAUUCCCGGAAUCGAUCGUCAUCAACUUAGAGAACAAUUAUCGUUCCUCUGGAUGUAUUCUUGGCGCAGCUUUAGCGGUCAUCGAGCAGGACGAGAGUCGACCAGAGAAGGCCCUGAUUGCUACUCACUGUGUCGGCGAACAACCCACGCUGCGCCAUCUCGCUACUGUAAACGUUGAAGCUCAGUGGAUCGUCGGCGAGAUACAACGUACCAGAACACUUAGUGCCGGACUUCUGAACUAUAACGACUAUGCAAUCUUACUACGAUCGGCAAAUCUGUCACUAUCCAUCGAACGUGAACUAGGACGAGCUGGGAUACCAUAUCGCAUGGUUGGUGGAAAGCGGUUCUUCGACCGGGCAGAGAUUAAGAUUAUUCUCAACUACUUGCGAUGUAUCAGUAAUCCUGAUAAUAAUGAUGCCAUUGUGGGCGUUAUCAACACGCCAUCGCGUAGGGUCGGAGACAAGACUGUCAAGGGCCUACUUGAAGAGGCAGAGGUUCAGAAAGUGUCGUUGUGGCGGCUCGUUUGCGACAUUGCACAAAAACGAAAAACUCCUGCGACGAAGCUCUCUACACCAUCGGAGCAAGGCAUCACGCUGUUCUUUAGGCUGGUCAACAAUGCGCGCAAGAAGCUAUUACCCGCGGCUGGUGAUGCCUGCAACCUUCUCGACCUUAUCAGCUACAUCCUGACCCAAACCUCUUUCGAGUCGUAUCUCAAACAGACAUACAAGGAGAACUGGAAGGAUCGAUGGGCCAACAUAGAGGAACUGGUCGGCCAAGCCACGCAGAUGGCCGCUACUCUCGCAGAGGGAGAGGAAGCUGCCGACGAUGCUUUACCCGCUGUAGACGGCAUCGAGCAGCGCCCAGACACCGCUGUCGAUACUCUUUCCAAGUUCUUAGUCAAUGUCGCUCUCGCUACUGAAAUUGAGAGGGAUGGUGGCGAAGAGAUCAGUCAAGUGACCCUCUCCACUAUACACGCCGCCAAAGGCCUGGAGUGGCCUGUCGUGUUUGUCCCUGCAAUAUAUGAUGGAUCACUGCCACAUUCUCGAGCCGAGAACCACGACGAGGAACGACGGCUGUUGUAUGUCGGAAUGACGCGGCCUGACCUCGCAUUCAAACGUACCACCAUCCCGGAUCUCGCUACGAUUCUCCGUAGACCGUGUCCCGCAGCUACUGACCUCGAAUCUGCUCGCACUUUGUUGGAACGCCUAGAGGACGAUAAGCAUCCAGCAACGAGGGAAGAAAUUGACGGGGAAGGUUCAUCUUGGGGGGCAUCAUGGGAUGAUAAGUUCAAUGGCUCCGGCCCUGGCGAUGACGGCGGCCAGGCGUCCAUCAAGCGGCGCAAGCUUGAAUCUUCUUCCUCGUUCUCCACAACCAUGCACAAAAGUUCGGGCUUCUCCAUGGGUUCCACAACCAUGCAAACUGUUAAGACAGGCUUCACCAGCGCUAGGGAUCUCGGGGAUCUGCAGGCUAUGCAGCAAGAGGCAGAGCGCAUUCGCAUGCUUGCGACUGCUCGAACCGCAGAAAUAGGAAAGGCGACGUACAACGAAGCGAAAAAAGUAGACGCAAAGCCAGCCCGAGCAAAGGUUGUCAAACCACGCGCAACAGGACAAGGCGCUAUCACGAGCUUUUUCAGGAAACCCGGCAGUAACUUCUCAGCAGAGGUAGAGCGAGUGACGGUUCCUUCCUUGCAACGUUCACAGUCCUCGCUGUCGGGCCAUACCGCCCUUCAUGACAUUUCAAAUGUUCAGCCAGCUGCACCACGAGCCCCACAACGUUUCCAGUCGCUAUCAUUACCCAGCCACAAGUUGCAAAGUCGGCCCAUCCUGACUAAACCGAAGCGGAGCGAACCUGAGCCCGGGGCUGAGUCUACUCGAUACGUGCUUCUGUCCAGCUCGCCCGCAAAACCCGAGCAUGGAGACACUACCUCUACCCCCUUGCCAGAUGACGAAGACAAGACCAUACGAGAUCCGGAGAGUCCGGUGAAACAGUCUUCGUCAUCAUUCAGCACAGCUUCUGGGUUCCGGCCAGCGUCUACGUUUCAUACUACGUCCAUAAGCCAGGUGCAAAAUCAGGUGCAGAAUCAGAUGCAGAGGAAGACGCUGGGGACACGGAGGACGAUGCAGGGAUGGAGCGUGAAGCAUAAUCAGAUGCCGAAGCCGCGGCCAUCAUGA